AUGAAUUACUCUCCAAGUUGCUGUCCUCUUAAAGUAUGCCCUGCAGGCCACUACCCCUUCUUUCUAUGCAGUGGGGCAGCCAAUGUAGUUGGGCCAAAGAUCUGCUUUAACAACAGAAUUAUUAUGUCAGGAGGGCAAAACCAUAUUGGAUGGGGUGUGAACACUGUGAUAGUGGAUGGUGAGUUUAUUUUAAGCUACUCUGCCUAUAGCACUAUUAUUUCUCUACUGUUGCUUGACUUUCUAAAGAUGAUACAAAAAAGAAAUAUAGUUUUAGUAGCCUCAUAUGAAGACCCUGCAGUACAGUUGACUGAUGAGGUCAGAGAGUUGUUUGCUGGAAUGGGCAGCAGUAUGGUCUACUCUGUGAAGUACAGGGACAGCUGGGUGUUUGCAGGGGCAGGUGGGCGAAAUAAGGAGAGUCCAUUUGAGAAGAUUGUGAAUGAUAAGAAGACAAACGCCUAUGGAGAUUGGCCAGAGAUGGGGGAGCUUAGUGGCUGCUUUCCCAGAAAGGUUUGA